AAAUUAUCCUAUGUUUGGUUUCAGUAAGGUAAAGAAAUGUAGACUGUAAUAGACUAUAGCCUAUUACAGUCUCUCUCUCUCUUUCUUUAUAUAUAUAUAUGGAUAUAGAUAUAGAUAUAGAUAUAGAGGUAGAUAUAGAUAUAUAUUGAUCAGCUAUCCAAAAAACAUAUAACUAAAAAAUUAAGUAUAAGGUAUUGCAAGCACCAUAAUUCAUAACCUGCUAAGUGUUAUUCUGACUCUUGAGCUAUUGUUGUAAUUCAUAACCUGCUAUGGCAGAUUAAGGAGUCCCAUGAAGGGAAAUUAUAAAUAGAAAUACUGCCUACGCCCUGGGAUUUGCUAGAUAAGAUAGAGGCAUUAUCUCAUGUUAAUUGGAGGUGAAUUAAUGCAUGCUGUAAAAAUUUCAUACUUCCACUCAUGAUCUACUUUCUUAUAUUGUUCUUAAUUGUUACUAACAAUCGCUUUCCAUCCACAUUUAACUUGGACUCUGGCAUCCCUCCCAGUUGGAACCUUUGUUCACCCUUUAACAACAACAGUUUCUAGCCUUCAUCACAUUUAUAUGUUCAUACUCACAAGAGAAUAAAAUGACAACAUUUUUUUUUUUACUGGUUGGGGGUCACUUAUGAAGAUUUUGCUGCCAGAUCUCUCAGUAUGUUAGCUACAUCAAUCCAGGUUCAACUUUUGCCAGUAGGUCUAUGUAGGAGAACAGGUCUGAUUUCAUAAGCUAGGGAAGACAGGUUCAAAUUUUGGUACCAGGUCGAAUGAACUUAUAAUGGACCUGCCUAGUUCGCUAGCACUUAGAAAGUGAAGAAAAAUUUCUUCAUAGGCAUUGAGGUGCUUCCUAGAGCUGGAGAACCUUAACCAGAAAUCUGGUUUUUAGGGUUGAGCUAGAUAAGCCUGUGUGCUUGAUUGCAAUUUCAGAUGGAGGUUUUUUGUUUUUUUAAUUAUUUUGGUAAUCUUCAAAUGCUUCAUACUGUUACAAGAGAGUUUUCUUCUUCUUCUUCUUCUUCUUCUUCUUCUUCUUCUUCUUUUCUUUUCUCGAUAAGUAAAACGGGAGGAGACCGGCUGUGGGAAAAUCUGGUGAGGGCAAGGUAUGGACCUGAACUCAGGUCAUUGGUGCUAUUUACCAACUACACCAGUUGGCACCCUCUUAUAAAGGAGCAUAUUGCUUGAUGGAAAAUAGAACUACAAUGUUUCAAAGCGAGGUACAUGCGUUAUGAUUUAUGUUGGUGCAUGGUGUAGAUAAACUUGUUUUGUUGGUGCAUUUGAACAAAAAUCCUUGGCCAAAAACAACCGCAAGGUUUGCCAUGCGAUAUGUACAUUACAAAAUAAGAUGACUUACUGCACAAGUGCACUACAGGACUGAACAAUAGCAGCUACUAGAGUUCAGGUUCCUAGUAAAAUUGGUACGAGCCUUCGCCAGUAACAUGUGAGAAGGAUGGAAGUAGACAUGGUGCAUGAACUAUAAAUGAUGUACAAUAAUAUCUCUAACAAUACAGUCUGCAACUAAGAAGAGGACCAUAUUGUUGCUUGAAGUAACUAAGGGCAUAAUAAGAUUCUUCUGUGCUUCUCUUGUAAUUCACUUAGUUCAUGCAACAGUUAAAUAAAAUGAAACUUUCGCAAAUAAUUGGCAAAAUGACCUGCUGGUCAUGGAUGGUGGCAAUAGCAUGCAGCAGAUGAUACCAGCGAAUAAUGUUUCAUGUGUGAUUAAACCAUUGGGCAUUUAUUCGAACUUCCAUAAACUCCGAGAAAUAAAAACUUUUUUAUUUUAUACAUCCAAGUAUUUCAUUUUUCUCAUUCACCCACAGAAUGGUUCGAAAGUUUUCACUUUCAAGCUAUUGCCCUCUGCUUUGGAAGACCGUAAUAGUCCGUGAACAACAACUAUGUGCAACCGAUUCUAGAAGAGACAAGGGCUGUAUCUUUCAUGCGAAAGAAGGAUUCAGAUGAUCGUCGCUUUGAGAAAUAUGCAGAUAGAUGAAUGAAAGAGUUCCUAAUACUUUGAAAGCUGUAUGGGGCGUGAUCUAAUAGUUAACAUCACCAAAAACAAUCAAUCAUUCUUUGGCAUGAGAGAGACAAUCGAAACCCUUCUAGAAGUCACAGCAUGCAGAUGAACCCAUGAGACAAAAUGCAUGCAAUAAUUGAGACCAUGCAAAUGUUCUCAAGAUAUCCGAUCCAACACGCACCCAUGGAAGAGAACAAGUGAUUGGCUGGCCCUCAAGAGGUAGUUGUCCUGUUGAGGAAGACCAUGGCAAGCCACCAACCGUUUCACUGGCAUGCAGUUAUCUUCCAGCAAAGAGCAGUGUCAGAGCCCAGACCUUUCAGUCUAUGAGUCUUAGAAUGGACCAGAAAUCACGUAGCCACACUCGAACUUAAAGGGCCUGAAUGGUAACUAACAUUUCACAAAACCCUCACAAAUUAAAGUUUGCUUCCCUUCCAUAGACUGACACCAUAUAAAUUUUAGAAGGCUCAGAAGGCACCUUUUUACUUUUAAAAUGAGGUCGGGGUAGUGCGUGACGGUAUCUGCUUUUAUACUGCCUCUUCCCUUGGGAAGACACCAUAACGGCCUCCUCCGGGAUUCAAGUGAGAGCUUUUCCUCUCACGGUGGUUCGUGGGUUGGUAGUUCCACAAGCAAACCUGUGAAGCCAUCCCAAGCUUUUCCCUCUCUCUCUCUCAUGGCUCCAUGGGGUACCAUAUACCUUCUGUCCCUCUCCUUGUUGCUGGCAGAGUUGAGCUUCUGCUUUGCAUCUCAGGCUUAUAUCAUUUAUAUGGGAAGCAGAAGCACUGAUGACCCAGAUGAGGUAUUGCGACGGAAUCACCAAAUGCUCGCUGCUGUUCAUGGAGGAAGCAUCGAGAAAGCACGGGCAUCGCACGUAUAUAGUUACAGCAACGGUUUCAGAGGAUUCGCAGCGAAGCUAACUGAAGAGCAAGCUUCAAAAAUGGCCGAAAUGCCUGGUGUCGUUUCAGUUCUUCCGAACAGGAAGAGAAUCCUUCAUACUACACAUUCAUGGGAUUUCAUGGGUCUUGCAACUGACGAGGCAAUGGAAAUUCCAGGCUUCUCUACCAAGAACCAAGAUAAUGUUAUCAUUGGUUUCAUUGACACAGGAAUAUGGCCAGAAUCACCCAGUUUCAAUGAUGUUGGGAUGCCUCCGGUGCCUUCAAGAUGGAAAGGAAAGUGCCAAAUUGGAGAGCCAUCCUCAAAUUUCACCUGCAACAAAAAAAUUAUUGCAGCUAGGUAUUAUCUCAGGGGGUAUGAAGCAGAACAGAGCAAGGGACUCCCCACAAAUUCCGAUAUAACCGUUGAGUUUAAAUCUCCUAGGGACAGCUCUGGCCAUGGAAGCCACACGGCCUCAACAGCUGCGGGGCGACAUGUGAUGAACAUGAAUUAUAAUGGUUUGGCUGCUGGAGGAGCCAGGGGAGGGGUGCCGAUGGCUAGGAUUGCAGUCUACAAGACCUGUUGGGACUCGGGUUGUUUCGAUGCUGAUAUACUAGCUGCCUUUGAUGAUGCAAUCAAAGAUGGAGUGGACAUUCUGUCUAUAUCUCUUGGCCCCGAGUCUCCUCAGGGAGAUUACUUCAGUGAUGCAAUCUCCAUAGGUUCAUUUCAUGCACAUAGCCAUGGCAUUCUGGUCGUUUCUUCUGCUGGGAAUGCUGGAACUCGAGGCUCUGUGACCAACCUCGCACCAUGGAUGCUCACUGUAGCUGCCAGUUCCACCGAUAGAGACUUUGCUACUUAUAUCUUGCUUGGAAAUGGGACUUCUUUAAUGGGUGAAAGCCUUAAUGCCUUUCAGAUGAACACAUCAGCAAGGACUAUUUCGGCUUCAGAAGCCAAUGCUGGGUACUUCACUCCCUACCAAUCAAGUUUCUGUUUGGAUAGCUCCUUGAAUAGAACAAAGACAAGAGGGAAGAUUCUUAUUUGCCGCCAUGUAGAUAGUUCUUCUGAAUCAAGGGUAGCAAAGAGUUUGGUGGUGAAGCAAGCCGGGGGAGUCGGAAUGAUUCUGAUAAAUGAAUUAGAAGAUGACGUUGCCAUUCCCUUUGCCAUCCCUGCAGCUGCUGUUGGAAGAGUAGCUGGUGAUAAAAUUCUGUCUUAUGUUAACAACACGAGGAGACCAAGAUCUCUUAUUUUGCCAACAAAGACCGUCGUUUUGGGAUCUCGGCCAGCUCCUCGAGUGGCGGCUUUUUCUUCCAGAGGUCCCAAUUCUUUGACACCAGAGAUUUUGAAGCCUGACAUCAUAGCUCCUGGACUGAACAUCUUAGCAGCUUGGUCUCCUGCAAAACAGAAUAUAAACUUCAAUAUCCUCUCUGGAACUUCCAUGUCUUGUCCCCAUGUAACAGGAUUGGUGGCUUUGAUCAAAGCUGUGCAUCCAUCAUGGUCUCCUUCGGCAAUCAAGUCUGCAGUCAUGACAACAGCAACUAUGUUGGAUAAGAAGGGCAGUGUCAUAAGAGCAGACCCUGAAGGACAUGCUGCAGCUCCAUUUGAUUAUGGCUCUGGCUUCCCAGAUCCUAUGAGAGCCCCAAACCCGGGCCUAAUCUACAACACAGAACCAGAAGAUUACAAAGCUUUCCUUUGUUCAAUAGGCUACGAUGACAAGUCCUUACAACUAGUGACUGGAGAUAACAGUGUGUGCACCAAGCCGGCCCCGCCGCCUUCUAACCUGAAUUAUCCAUCAAUCACAAUACCAGGUCUCAAGGGAAGCUACACGGUCACCCGAACUGUGACGAAUGUGGGAGAACCCAGAAGCAUUUAUCAUGCUAUACUGUCUCAGCCUACUGGCAUCAAUGUUACAGUGGUUCCCGAGGUUCUUGUAUUUGAAAGAUAUGGUCAGAAGAUGAGUUUCAUGGUGAAGUUCAGGGUGGCUGCACCUCCAAAGGAUUAUGUGUUUGGAUCCUUGUCUUGGAAAGCAGAAAAAAUUCAAGUAACCAGCCCUUUGGUGGUCAGAGUUCAAUCCUCUGAUACAGGCUUGUUCUGAAGAAUUGGACAUACUCUAGGACAAAGUUCUUAAGGUCUGGGAACCUUAUAGAGGAACAUGGAACAGAAGAUAUACAAGUGGUGGAGUAGCAAUUCAUAGAUUGAAGUGGUCAGUGACAUAUGUUGAUUCAACAAAAGGGGGUUUCCAAAAUUUGAAAGGCUUCACAUUCACUUUACCCAAGUCAAAAAAAAACAAAAAAGAAGGUACAGCUGUAUCAAUAUCGAAAGUUCUGUAAUACUCUUUUGAUCCACUUCAAUCUAUGAAUUACUACCAACAAAUUUAUGUUCUUGUCUGCAUAACUAAAGCAAGCUGGGAUCUGCAUCUACACAGAAGAUAUUGCUUAUAACCGAAUACUUGAUGCUAAGCAACUCUACUUUGUGAUCCCUAGAUAUUAUAUUGCUGCCUUGUUUUUCAUGGUAAACAUGCUGUAUUGUUAUUCAGUGAACAAAAUUAGAAAUAAUUUCUAAUUUUAUUGUUAGAUUUUUUUUUCAUUUUUCUCA